AUGGACCGUUGGACAGGCAAGGUAGCCGUUGUGACGGGAGCCAGCUCGGGUAUUGGGGCCGCCACUGCAAAAGCACUCGUUCGUGCUGGCAUGGUUACGAUCGGUUUAGCAAGGCGUGUGGAGCUGAUAGAGGCACUCAAAACGGAGCUACCAGCUGAUGCGUCCGGGCGACUCCACGGUAUACGAUGUGAUGUCACCAGGGAGGAAGACAUUUUGGCCGCAUACCGCCAGAUAGAGGCCCAGCACGGAGGUGUCGAUGUGCAGAUCAAUUGUGCUGGAAUAGCGAGACAUACCAUACGCGUACUGCAGGCAAACAAUACGCAAGAUCUCCGUGAUAUAGUGAACACCAAUCUGCUCGGAUUGACUCUGUGCAGUCGAGAGGCGUAUUUAUCGAUGCAGAAACGUUCGGUCGAUGGCCAUAUCGUGCACAUCAAUAGCAUUGUCGGGCAUUCAAUACCACCGUUGAACACGCUUAACAUCUAUCCGGCUGUUAAGUACGGUAUUACCGCACUCACGGAAACGAUGCGCCAGGAGUUACGGUUUGCUGGCACAAAAAUUAAAGUUACGAGCAUUAGUCCAGGACUUACGCGAACUCCGAUCAAUCCCAACAGUGAUACAUACACGGGACCCAUUCUCGAACCGGAAGAUAUUGCGGAUGCGAUCCUAUAUGCGCUCGGAACUCCGCCAAGAGUGCAGAUACACGAGCUGACAAUCAAACCAGUUGGUGAAGUAGAAUAG